UUUUUUUUUUUUUUUUUUAUAAAGGCGCACUUCAGUCCAGAGGAGCUCGAUGAAUGUCUCGGAAUAUGCGCUUAUAUUCGCGCAGAGGUUUUCGAAACACGACUCCAGCUCCAGCUGAUCCCAUUGACAGUAAUGCCGGCGAAAGACCCGCUUAUUGAAACACUAAAAGUGUGCAUUCUGAAUUUAAAAUUGGAGGGCACAGUGACUGACUCCAGCCCACACCUGGCAUCGUGCUGUGAGCUCCUCGAACUUAUACUGCGAAAGGGACUACAACAGCCCAUUCUCAGUUUGGCACAUAGAGAUUACUGGCAUUGUUUUGAACAGCUUCUGCAGCACGACUCAUGUGGCAGGCUGAGUUCCGUCUCUUUGGCAGUACAACAGACUACAGCCUGCACCAAACUUACUAACUUUCAGGGCCGAGGACGCUUCUUCAUACGCCUGAUGCUGAUGAGAAAAACUCUGGGAAAUGUAGUAAAACAUCUAUUACACACAAACAGAGUAAUAGAGUUGUAUAGCCCUUACAUUGCCAUUCUGAGAAAUGAGGAGUUUGUGGAACCAUUUCUCUCACUGUCUAUGGUAUUGUCAGAAAUGGACUUUAAGCUUAGUAUUGAGAACUGCAGCUUCCUGGAUGAAAGCUGGCUGCUUCCGGUUUGUGAAAUCUAUGAGACUGUUCCAUGUCGGGAGUUGGGGGUGGUGCUCAGGUACCUAGAUGGACGUGUGUUUGUGUUUGACUUGCUUCAGGGUAGUCAAGCUCAGGUGGACAUGUUUGCAGAGCCUGGUGACAUCAUUGAUGAAAUCAAUGGAAUAUCACUAAGGAAUGCUAGCAAUGGACAGGCAGGUGUGGUUCUUUCUAAGUUAAAGGGUCAGCCGCUUUCCAUUCGUCUGAUACGAUGGAGAGGAGGAGAUGGAUCCAUCUACCAGCCUUUGGUCAAACACUUACGGCAACUCAAACAGGAAAAACCAUCUCUUCAGUUUGGCCCAAAACCAGCCUCUCACCAGGAUAGAACUGUGGGUCAAAGGAAAGGCCAGACGCAGUGUGUGAAAGACGGCAGGAUCCUGUAUGCCGUGCAUCUCCUAGGAAAAGCAAACAUAGGAAUGUAUGGAGGUAAGGAGGUGUUGCAGCAUGCCAUUCCUGCUGUCAUGGAGAGCAAACAGGCAAGAAAGGAAGUAUUGCUGGAUGUAAAGGAGACUCACCUUACCUGCACAGAUAAGACCAAUAAGCAGGAGCUCUUUCAACACCACUUCCCAGAGAUAUCAUGUGUUGGAAGGUUUGGAAGCCAACCUGAUUUGACCAUUUUUGCUUUUUGUGUAUUAGAUCCACCGCAAGCGGGCAGACCAGCGGGCUUCUGUUGUGUGGUCCUACAGGCUGCCACAAGUAUUGAAUGUGAAGAAAUUGUUAACCGUAUAGCUGCUGGGUUCAAACACACAGAAUGGUUUGUAUGAAAAACCUCAACACUUGAGUGGACUGGAGAUCUGAUGAAGUUUACAUGUAUUUCUAAAGAAAAUAUAUUAUAUUGUUUGUAUUAGCAUAUAUGACAUAAGAAUAUUCUAAAAACGUAAUAGCCUGUGCAAUAUUAUUUUGAUUGAAAUACAUAAAAGACAGAGUCAAUGUUGUCUUUUUUGUUCCAGUCAAGAUUUGAUGUUAAAAAAAAAAAAAAAAAAAAAACACAGACAAACAAAGAAUCUGGAUUAUUUUGUCUGUUUUAAUAAUGUACACGCAUUUUAAAACACUUUAAUACAAACAAGAAAACAAAUCACCUCUAAAUAAAAGUAUGCAGUGGGGUCUAUAAGUCCUGAGACAGAUUUGAAAAUCCAAGAUUUUUUUUUUUUUUUUUUAAAUAAACAAAGUUAUAUUUACUGUAUUUCUUUAUGUAUUGACAAAAUGAAACAAAUAAAUGUUAUGAUCCUGCACUAAAGAAAGAUUCUGCUUUAUUUC